AUGGAUAGCAGCUCUAGAGAGAUCUCAUUUCCACACUUGACACUCUGCUAGAGCGUAGAAGCCAGAAAACUGCUGUUUCUCGACCCACACUUUUGAACUUGAAAACUUAAACCCUAGUUCUCUCUCUUGUCUUUCUUCUGCAUCUUCAACCAUGUCAGCGAUGCUGCAACCUCAGAUCAUUCUGUUGAAGGAAGGCACGGACACUUCGCAAGGGAAGCCGCAGGUGGUGAGCAACAUCAAUGCCUGCACCGCCGUCGCCGACGUCGUCCGCACCACCCUCGGCCCUCGCGGCAUGGACAAGCUAAUCCACGACGACAAGGGAACCGUCACCAUCUCCAACGACGGCGCCACCAUCAUGAAGCUCCUCGACAUCGUUCACCCCGCCGCCAGAAUCCUCGUCGACAUCGCCAAGUCUCAGGACUCCGAGGUUGGCGAUGGAACCACCACUGUGGUGUUGCUUGCAGCGGAGUUUUUAAGGGAGGCCAAGCCUUUCAUUGAAGAUGGUGUUCACUCACAAAACUUGAUACGAAGCUAUAGGACGGCCUGCUCCUUGGCUAUUGAGAAGAUUAAAGAUCUAGCUGUUAGCAUAGAGGGGAAAAGUCUGGAAGAAAAGAAAAACUUGCUUGCAAAGUGUGCUUCUACCACUCUUUCUUCGAAGCUUAUAGGUGGAGAAAAAGAAUUCUUUGCACCCAUGGUUGUGGAUGCUGUAAUUUCAAUUGGGAAUGAAGACAGGUUGAACAUGAUUGGAAUAAAGAAGGUUCCUGGUGGUACCAUGCGGGACUCAUUUCUAGUAAAUGGUGUUGCCUUCAAAAAGACUUUUUCAUAUGCUGGGUUUGAACAACAGCCCAAGAAGUUUCUCAAUCCUAAAAUACUAUUACUAAAUGUCGAGUUGGAGCUAAAAUCUGAGAAAGAAAAUGCUGAAAUAAGGUUAUCAGAUCCUGCGCAAUAUCAAUCAAUAGUUGAUGCAGAAUGGAACAUUAUUUAUGAUAAGUUGGAUAAAUGUGUCAGCAGUGGUGCCAAAGUUGUUCUUUCACGAUUGGCUAUCGGUGAUCUAGCUACACAGUAUUUUGCAGACCGAGAUAUUUUCUGUGCUGGUCGUGUAGCUGAAGAAGAUCUAAAAAGGGUUGCUGCUGCGACUGGUGGAACCGUACAAACAUCUGUGAAUAACGUGAUUGAUGAGGUCCUUGGAACUUGUGAAGUUUUUGAGGAAAGGCAGGUUGGAAAUGAGAGGUUCAAUAUUUUCAGUGGAUGUUCAUCUGGCCAAACAGCCACCAUAGUUCUUCGUGGUGGAGCUGAUCAGUUCAUAGAGGAAGCAGAGCGAAGUUUGCAUGAUGCAAUCAUGAUUGUUAGGAGGGCUUUGAAGAAUUCAACAGUGGUUGCUGGGGGAGGUGCAAUAGAUAUGGAGAUAAGCCGGUAUCUGAGGCAGCAUGCACGUACAAUAGCUGGAAAGUCUCAGCUUUUCAUUAACUCCUAUGCAAAAGCUCUUGAGGUUAUACCUAGACAAUUAUGUGACAAUGCCGGAUUUGAUGCAACUGAUGUUCUGAAUAAACUAAGGCAGAAACAUGCGCUCCCUUCUGGUGAGGGGGGACCAUAUGGGGUGGACAUAGCCACUGGUGGAAUUGCUGACUCGUUUGCUAACUUUGUCUGGGAGCCUGCAAUUGUGAAGAUCAAUGCUAUAAAUGCUGCAACAGAGGCUGCUUGCCUUAUCUUAAGUGUGGAUGAAACAAUUAAAAAUCCCAAGUCUGAGAGUGCACAAGGAGAUGCUGCUGCAAGUGCCAUGGGCAGAGGUCGUGGAGGUGCAUUCCGUGGUCGAGGACGAGGAAUGCGAAGAUGAUGAGAAGUGCAUUCUAUGGGUUGAGUGUCUGUUCAUUGUCUGUCUAAUUCGUGAGGCCAAUGCAUGCUUGUUUCUGCUACUUGAUGUUGCUAGAAGCAUGCCGAUUUUUGAACUUACAAAUCAUGAAAUGAAAAUGUAAUGGAGACUCUGGGAACAUCAUCUUAUCAACCUAAGAUUUGCAGAUAGCAAUUUUCAAGCAUUGUCUUUCUGACGAUCAUUUUAUACAUUUGGAGGGGUUAAAACUAUCGCAUGGCUGUGGAGGACUUGAGCUUCGUGUGAAAUUUUGCAUCUUGUUCUACAAUUUUUAACUAUAUAUUUAUUGCUUAGUUUGCGUAUA